AUGGCUUCCAAGCAAGAUCUUGCCUCGCACUCCGCCGAACCGCCCUCAGACGCCCCGCCCUCCUACCUGGACGCUGUUGCGCAGCCGCCUCCACCACCGGUGGCAGUACCCUCCUCGUCCUCGUCCCAGCCAGAGCCACCCUCAUACGACACGGCCAACCCAGAGACACCUGCUCCAGCGGCCAGCGAGCAGCUGCUGACGCUCAUCCUCCACGGCACCCUCAUCCACACCCCCGAGCAGCCCACGCGUCCCCUGUACCACCUCAACCGACCACCGGUUAACGGUCUGCGGGCCGAGUACUCCAUCUUCAAGGACAUUUACCGUCUCAGCUCCACCGCUGGCCAGGGACGGAUACGGGGUAAAGAGCGCCAUCUGUAUGACUUCUACUCCGUCCUCCGCAGCGACGUGCAAGUGAUCGGCAAGGCGGGCCCGGCCUGGUCGUACCGGACGGUGGAAAUGACGAGCAGCACGGGCGCCCUGGGCUCGCGGUGGAUGUCGUGUGUCGUCAAGGGACGCUACGAGGUUGGGCGCAGCAAGAAGGCGAGGCUCCUCGGCAAGGAUCGGGGCAACGACAUUGAGUGGAAGGACACGGAGGGGAACGUGGUCGCCGUCGAGGUGCGCACGCCAGGCGACUGUCCGCGACUGGAGAUGAGGCGACACCUCGAGGCCAAGGAGCUGGAUCUCGUCGUCACAUGCUGGGCAGCGAGGGUGUUUCGGGAGUGUUCCAAUGAUUGA